AUGGAGGACACCGGCCAGGCAGGUCCCGCCGAGAACCUUCCGGAGCCGGAGCCUCUGUCGCCAUCCGUGGAGGCCGAGGCUGAGGACGAAGCAGACGACGGCGACGAGUUCAGCUUCCCCGUCCUGCCGGAGCCGGGGACGGCCACCGUGCGGGUGCCGCUGGGCCGGCUCCUGCUGGAGGAGCGGGAGUUCCGCGCGCGGGAGCAGGACGGGCGAUCGGCGAGUGCGCGGCGGGCGUGGCGGGAGGAGGACGACGACGCCUCCGGCGGCGGCGGCGGCGCCGGGGACGAGGACCUGGAGGGCGUGCCGCCGGAGAGCUACUGCCUGUGGGCGCCCGGCGGCGGCGGGCAGUCGUCGGCGCCCGCGUCCCCGCGCCGGUGCCGGAAGAGCGGCUCCACGGGCUCCGUCCUCCGCUGGCGCCGCAUCAGCGACCGCCUCGUCGGCCGCAGCCACAGCGACGGCAAGGAGAAGUUCGUCUUCCUCACCGCCGUUCCGGAGCCGCCUCGUCGUAGUAUCAAGGAAGAGGAGGAAGGAGGCGGCGGCAUCAGCAAAGGCGGCGGCGACGCGGGCAGCGUGGCCCAUCAAUUGAGAUAUUACGGCAGAGGCGGCGGCGGCAGCGGCAGCCGGAGGCGUUCGUAUCUGCCGUACAAGCAAGAACUCGUCGGGCUGUUCGCCAACGUCAGUGGGUUGCGCCGAAGCUAUCACCCGUUCUAA